AUGCCAGUCGGCGACGUGGUGAUCGGAGUGCAAAACUGGGAUGGUGAGGAUGCAUGGCGAACGAAUCGAUCAUGCGUUGAAAUAGCGCUGCUUCUUGCUCUCCACCUUCGUCAACCCGAGCUUCUAUUCAGGUUUGAUGAUGCUGAGUGUAUGCGCGAGAAGCUGAGGCGCAUCGAGCAAUUGGAUACCAGCACCUACUUCGCAACCCUCUUCUCUCUACACACGAACCCGCUUUGGCGCUCCUUCUUUACCAUGGCUGUGAGGGAGGUGUUCGGGUAUCCUGAUUUGGAUUGGGUUUGCGCGAAACAUGUCAAGGUGCAUAUCGAGAUCGAGAAAGAGUUCGGUGAGAUUUGGAUGCGAAGUCGUACGGCCAGACGGAAUAGGAGGCGGGCAAAGAUGGAUGGGUGGCUAGCAGCGGUUGGGUUGGAGGGCUUGAUGGGGUGGAAUGGGUUGAGGGUUUAUUGGGUGAGAGGGUGGUUCAAGGAGUUGUUUGGUAAUUAA